GUGUCGUCUCCCUGGCAACAAGCUGAGGAGAACAGUAACAUCCGCCCGGUCCAUGUCAUCAUCAGAAGAAGAAAGAAGAACAUAUUUUUGGCUGUUUUUUUCUCUCGUUAAAAAUGGACAAUCUUGGAUCAGGAAGAGACGCUCGGUUUCUGAAGAGGUAACGGCUGCUAACGUUAGCAGGGUUAGCUUCGUUAGCCAACAGUCAGGGGAGAGGAGGCAGGAUGCUAAGCGGUUCAUUCAAAUCAAUACAGGACAUUUAAAUCUCUUUAAUCAGUUAUUUUUUAACUAAUGACCGAGAUGUUAUGUUUUUAUCGAAUAAACCCACAGCUCUGUGUCGAUAGAAGCCUUCAAAGUUAUAUUUUUGACUGUUUUUUUAAUCGUAAGAAAUGGACAAUCUUGGAUCUGGAAGAGACGCUCGGUAUCUGAAGAGGUAACGGCUGCUAACGGCUGCUAACGUUAGCAGGGUUAGCUUCGUUAGCCAACAGUCAGGGGAGAGGAGGCAGGAUGCUAAGCGGUUCAUUCAAAUCAAUACAGGACAUUUAAAUCUCUUUAAUCAGUUAUUUUUUAACUAAUGACCGAGAUGUUAUGUUUUUAUCGAAUAAACCCACAGCUCUGUGUCGAUAGAAGCCUUCAAAGUUAUAUUUUUGACUGUUUUUUUAAUCGUAAGAAAUGGACAAUCUUGGAUCUGGAAGAGACGCUCGGUAUCUGAAGAGGUAACGGCUGCUAACGGCUGCUAACGUUAGCAGGGUUAGCUUCGUUAGCCAACAGUCAGGGGAGAGGAGGCAGGAUGCUAAGCGGUUCAUUCAAAUCAAUACAGGACAUUUAAAUCUCUUUAAUCAGUUAUUUUUUAACUAAUGACUGAGAUGUUAUGUUUUUAUCGAAUAAACCCACAGCUCUGUGUCGAUAGAAGCCUUCAAAGUUAUAUUUUUGACUGUUUUCCCGACUGUUAAAGCUCAUUUCCUUCACAGUAAUAAACAUCCUGUAAGAUUAGAUCAAUCUGAACAAAUACAUCUGAAAAUAAUUUUUAAAUAUGUAUUUUAUCGACGUUUUUCAGUAUUAAAUCAUCGAAAAAUGCCUCAACAGGACUGCCAUGGAUAAAUAAUAAAUGAAUAUCCUGAUAUGGAAAGACAAGAUCAUGAUUUAACAGGAUAUUCCAGGAGUUUAUCAAGAUAAUAUACAAGUCUCUUAAAUAAAUGACUCAGUAUCUUGUAGUAUUCACUAAUUUUAUUAAUUUGUGAAGAGAAAAAGACCAAAAUAAGACAGAAAUCAUCGUCUACAUGCAGUUUACGUCGGUAUUUUCUCAUUAUUUGGAUGAGAAUUUUUUUCUUAUGAUAUUGACUUAUAACAGGAGCAAGUAUCACUGUAUAAUAUCUUAGUGCGGCAGAUUAAAAGAGAAACAGUCGAUUUUAAUAACCACACAACUUUAAAUUACUAAUAAAUGACAAAAUAUGAAUCAGAAUUACAAAACAAUGAAGUAGUAAGUUAAAAAUAGUGUCUCCCGAUAAAAACCAAAACAUCAAAAUAAUUAACUAAUAUUUCUGUGUAAAUUUUUUGGUCUUAAAGUGACUGAAAAUAAUCCAAAUCAUGGCUGAGUAUCUCCAAAUAUUGCCUUUGUAUCUCAAAUCGAUAACUUUCUCCUGCAAAUUUACUAGAACCUCAAAGUAAUGGUUAAUUAUUCUUAAAAAUGCCUUAUGUGUCGAGUGAUUCUGGAAUAUUUUCCAUAAAAUGACUGAAUUAUCUCAGAAAUAUCCUUUUGUGUUUGGAGACAAUAACCUCAAGUAUUAGAUUUAACAUCAGUGAUAAGAAAAAAGACUUGAAAUGAAAUGAUUACCUCCUCUGUAAAAUCAGACUCAGUCUGCUGCCCUGUAGAGAAAUAAUGACCAAGAUAAUAAGCUGCAAUACGAAAAGCUUUCUCAAUAUUCAAAGCUGACAACUAAAUAUAUUUACUAUCACAGUUUUAUUUCAGUGAACUGACAGGAGUGAAUUCUGACUCUGAGGUCUUCUACCUUUAGUCUAUAAACUGUGUGUUUCUGCUAAAAGGCAGGGUUAAACAAAAGGAAAAAAGGACCCAAAAUUCAGACUCAAAAAUGAUUUAUUAAAUAAAUUACUAAAUGAGAAAAAAAAACUUACUUCAACAGAAAAUGUCCAACUGAAAAAUCCAAGGCCAACAGGAGAAGAAUCCAAAGAAACAAAAGAAAAAAACAAAAAACACUGGAGGAGAACAACGACAUAAACCGACACCGACAUACAAUGAACCAAACAGAGAAAGAGGAAAAGACAGGGACUAUAUAUAAACUCAGGGAAACGAGCAACGAGAGGCAGGUGAGACACUAAGACACAGGUGCAGACAAUUACUGAGGAGGGAAGUAAAACAAGACUAGACACACAAGGAUGGACUCCUACAAAAUAAAACAGGAAACACUUAAACUAAUCGAAAGAAUAAAACACAGAACAGGAGGGAAAAGGGGGUCAAACACCAACUGAAAACUCAAAAAACAGGAACAGAGGCGACAAAAUACACAGAGAAUACAGCGAAACAACAAAACCUGGAAAAACUAAAUGACCAAGAACCAAUCAUGACAGUUUUAUUAGUAAAGAGCGUGAACAUGUUCUGACUCCUGUUUGUUUUGAUUCUGUCUGACCCUCAGGAGAGUGAAGGACUGUACUCUUGAUGUCCAUCCCACUGAGAAAGCCCUCGUCGUUCAAUACAAGGUGGAGGCAACCAUCAUAGGAGAGUUUGGGGUCCCGAUGGUCGGAGAACGCAAAGAGUGUCAGAAAAUGUGAGGAUUACCUUUCAAUCAAUUCGACAUUAAUGAAGAGUACAUACAUAUGACAUCCUUUAAAUUCUCUCACCUGCAGCUGCAGAAAGGUCAGUAACUUCUGCUGUGUAAUUCUGGGAGGUCACACAUACCGAACCAGAGGCUGUUCCUCAACAGUUCUAGUUUUUCCCCCAUAACAGAAAUGAAUCAUAAAAAGAUAAACCUUUAGAUCAUCUGAAAAGUGCUUUGUGUUUCAUAAGAUGGUGGAAGAAUAAAAACGGCUUUUCCUGUUUUUUCAGAUUUGUAACGUCACAUCACUCUCUGCACGACUACCAGACUCUGUAAACACUAGGUUUACUGUUCUGCUGCAGCCUCAGACAUUUUAUUAUCUGGUAUUAUUUUGCAAAUUUGCUGUUAGAAAUGGUAACCCCUGAACAAAAGGCACCCUGGAUGCCCGUCUACUUUUGCAAAAGGGGCUCUUUGGAUGCUUUAUUUCCAAUGAUAUCCAAUGAUAAUUUAUAAAAAUAGUCUACGACAGAUGUAUAAACUGUAAACAAAGUGCUCUCAAGGUGCAUUUCUAAGGAUUAUAAUGUAAAUAAGAUGCAGUGUGGAGCCCAUGUGGUGAAUAAAAUGUAAACAGAGAGCCCACUUAAUGCCCUUCUGGUAUAUAAAGUGACCUCUGGAUGCUUGCCUGGUUGUUUAAAUGCAAUAAUGGGCCCUUCUGGUGUUUUCCCCUGAUUAUAUACAAUGUUGGGUUGUCACACAGAGCAUACAGCCUGUGCCAUCAUUUUAAGUCAGUGUUAACAGUUUCUCUGUACCGUCCAAAUGCUGGCACAGUAACACAGAUGUGUCACUUGUUGAAUCUAAAACUCCUGCCCUCACUUUGUCUUUUAAAAACUGCACGUUUCCAACUUCGGUCUUCCUCUGUGCUUCUUCCAGCAUCCGCCUGAAGAACCUGAACGCCCACACAGACACGUCCUCUUUGGCCCGGAAGGUGGUGGAGGAAUGCAGCCUGAUUCACCCGUCCAAACUCAGCGAGGUGGAGCAUCUGCUCUUCUAUCUGCAGAAGCGUAAACAGCCCAAUGGUAUCCAAGUUUCUUUGUUUUUUUUUACUUCUCUAACAGCGUUAAUGAAGCGUCUGUUAUUAUGUUAUGAGUGACGUUUUUGUAAAUCUGCUUUUUCACAGACAACCAUGAGAGGAAAUGCAUCACACCUCGAGACUUCACACCUUACGCAGGCGUGGAGGUAAGACCUUCGAGAUGAGAUGAUCGUAUCCACACACAGAGAUUCUGUGAAGCCGGGCUAACGUUGCUUUGUUCCCCUGCAGCUGGACGAGGUGGCGAGCAUCAACAACUUAGAUGAGUACAUGGAGCUGCUGUACGAGGACAUCCAGGAGAAGAUCAGAGGAGCAACACUCAUCUUCCAGCUGGCCCAAAACCCUGAUAACCUGGUGGAGCUCAUGCAGGACGGUACCUUCAAUAAUGAGUUCGUCUUCAUUAGAGAGUGAACAAUAUUCACUUUAUUACCCAGCAUGCAGGAGCUCGGUGGGAAACAGACUACAUGUUGAUUUUUCAGAAAUGAAUCUGCAGGUGUUUCAUGAAUCACAUGAUCGUUUCAUGGCUUCUGGUUCAACAUAAUGCAGACUUGUCAUAUAGCUCACUGGCGUCUGUCUCUGUAAUUUUCCACACAGAUUCAGAAACGUCCACAUCAUGGCGUGUUUAACCAGAUUAAUGGUGGAGAUCAGAUGACCUUAACUCGGGUUCGAUGUAAAUCUGUCUGAUGAGGAUGGAGAGUUAGAGGCAGAGAUAUUUCUCGUCACAAACCGACUCUGUAAACGAAGUUUCUCCUCAUUUUUACUCUCACAAACUCCUUUUUUUGAGCCUUGAGGACGUAUCCACUCUCCUCUGCAGCAGCCAGAGUCUGCUCAGGUAGCCAAACAUGGAGCAGGGAAUGUGAGGAGCGUUCCUGAUCUUUAUUUGGCCGUGCGCUGACUGUUGGUAUGAAAGCUAUCCCCCUGUGACAAAUGAAAAGAGAGGACGACCUUGAGACGGGGCUGACAGCUCUGGAAAGGUCAGGGAUGAGCUUUCAUACUCACUUAUUCAGAACGGGUUUUAAUUUUUCUGGAUCCGAUCGCUGAAGUUCAAAAGUGCAGAGCUCCGCCGUGUUCCAAAAUCUCAGAAUCAGACCGUACUUGGAUGAAACGUGAGUUUCUGCUUUUUUUCGUUUUCUUGAAUCUGUUGAGUUUGAUCGGCUCGUCCGCUCGCCUUUUCAAAGUAAACAGCUCAGCUUAGUUUCUGCUCUCCUUCGUGACAGCCGGGCGGUUUCUCCCACAACAGCACGGAGCCGUCAUCCUCCGCAGCCGCGCUCUGAUGGCACGGCUCCAUUUGUAUCUGUCAUACCGCGUCCUCAGCUCGCUCCGUCUGCCGCGUCACAUCAGCGGCUGCGCCGUUGAUAAGAGCCGAAUGUUCGUGUGAACCUGGAGGCCUGGGGUCGCUCAGGAAAGAGGAGAGGAACCCUGGGACACACGUCUUUACGUUGAGAAGCACCCAUGGCUCAAAAUCCUCAGGAGCCCCCGACCUCAUCGCAUUCCCCCACGUUUCUCCAAAUUAACCUUCAGCAGAACUUCCUCCGCUCCUCCGUCUCACUCUGAUUGAAGUCCAAACACACGUGUUCUGCUCCAAGUCUUCAUUUCUCUAUUCCCUCUUCUUCUGCCCUACCUCCUGUUUCUGACCUUUCCUUCAUCUGCUGUGUCUGUGUCUCAGAGGGGGUUCUUGGGGCCCUGGCUCGAGUCUUGAGAGAGGACUGGAAGCAGAGUGCGGACCUGGCUACGACCAUCACCUACAUCUUCUUCUGCUUCUCCAGGUAAGCGGACUAACAGAGGUCCGAACAGAGCAGAGAGAGUCUGCCUGUUUUCAUCAGGUUCCUUCAGACCUUCUUAAGAUUUACAUGUAGAAAAAGGUGUUUAAGGCUGCAGGAGGCGACACGCUGUGAACUCGACUGUGAAGGAGUGACUGAGACAGACGGGGGGAUUUUAAAAGUGUUUGUUAUUUUGUUAAAUUGUCUAAUUAACAAAAAGCUAAAAAAAAACAAACUGGACCAGAGUAAGACCAGGUCCAUGGUGCUCAAAGGGAUAUUCUGGCGUAAAAUUAAUUUAGUGUCAAACCCACCAUAACACCGAGUUAGACCCCCCCUCCAGAGAUGAAUGUUGUCGACCGCUUGCUUCUCUAGUUAUACCAACUUUAGUAACGACCGCAGGAUAGAAAUACGGAGAGCCACGCCCCCAACCAAAACGCCACUCUAUAGCCACAAAUAAUGCUCAGAACAGCACCUAACUUCAUCAACAGGACAUAUAGGGUCACAGACAUAGUACUAGACACCAAACAUCUUUUUAACUUUGACUCAUUUCUUUAGCAAAGAGACUAAACACAACUCACCUACUCUCUUCCAGCAGCUGCUUGUUUGUAGUGAGACCUCAGGCCAGUCCAUUACGGACUACAGCGGGGUGCCGCAGCUCAAGGAAGAACAUUUAUGAUAAUUUCUUCAUGAAAAUACAAUCAGACCGAGACGCUAAGACAGAAGAACUACCGCGUCUGCAAAAUGAUCAAUAUGAUGAUUAUUACUUUAAGGAAAUGAUGAAGAAAUGAUCAUAAAUGUUCUUCCUUGAGCUGCGACACCCCGCUGUAGUCUGUAAUGGACUGGCCUGAGGUCUCACUACAAACAAGCGUCUGCUGGAAGAGAGUAGGUGAGUCGCGGUCGACAACAUUCAUCUCUGGAGAGGGUGUCUAACUCGGUGUUACGGUGUGUUUGACCCUAAAUUAAUUUUACGCCGGAUUAUCCCUUUAAGGCUGCAGGAGGCGUCAUGCUGUGAACUCGGCUGUGAGGGAGUGACUGAGACGGAUGGAGGGAUUGUAAAAGUGGAUGUUAUUUUGUUUAAUUAUCUAAUUAACAAAAAGCUAAAAGAACAAACUGGACCAGAGUUAGACACGGUCCACAGUGCAUCACUCACCUUUGACCUUCUAGCACACACACACACACACACACACUCUCAGAUCUGUGAGGACGUUUGCUCAGCCUCUUUGAUUGUCCCUCCUCCCUCCUCUCUACCUCUGGCAGCAGACCGAUCUCUCUCUCUCUCUCUCUCUCUCUCUCUCUCUCUCCCUCUCUCUCUCUCUCUCUCUCUCUCUCUCUCUCUCUCUCUCUCUCUCUCUCUCUCUCUCUCUCUCUCUCUCUCUCUCUCUCUCUCUCUCUCUCUCUCUCUCCCUCUCUCUCUCUCUCUCUCUCUCUCGUCCGCAGAGUUAGGAAACACUAAAAUUAGCUGUGGCUACAAUAAUACAUAAACGUCUGUCAGAGCUGAUCUGGGCUGCGAGCGUCUGAAAACCGAUCGUCGCUCUUGGCCCGCGUCCAUCUCCAUGUUAUGCUGUUUGGAUUGUGAAAGGGUUCGACUCGGCCUGAUUAUAAGUCGAACCAGGACAGAGUGUUUGACUGAACAUGUUUUGACUUUGACAGUUUGCUCUGUAAACUUCUUCAGGGGUGACAGAUGGGGUCAUUCACUGACAGCUCCCAGCUGGAAACGCAGAUUGAAGAAAAAAGAGCGAGUUUGGGAUAAAUGGAGGCAUUUUCUUCUUCAUUUUCUCCUCCAGUUUCUCCCGGUUCCACGGCCUGGUCACACACUUCAAGAUCGGGGCCCUGUGCAUGCACAUCAUCGAGCACGAGCUGAAGAGGUACGACCUCUGGCAGGACGAGCUGCAGAAGAAGAAGAAGGCCUAUAUCCUUUCAGAGAAACAGACUGUGCAUGAUUUACAGGAGAGGACACCGUGUUAGAUGUUUGUGAGUGAAUCUGAGUUCCUUGACUAACUUCACAUGAAGAAUUCCCAGAGAACCAGACUCUGAAGAAAGAGCAUGAGAAGUCCUUCAGGAAGUACCAGAGUCUCCUGAUCAAGCAGGAGCAGCUCCUCAAAGGUACGGCUCUUCCCUCUGAUUCGGGUCUGUAUGCAGAACUAAGUCCUGGUUCUGUCUCUGAUGGAACCGUCUUUGCUGCUGCUCUCCCUACGAAACAGAGGGGAGGAGUCAACAAUCAUACAGCUGAUUAAACUUAAUUAUCACAACGAUUAACUCUUGACUUUACUGAACCUAAAGUGUGUUUUCUUCACCCCACAGUGGCUCUGCGCCUCCUGCUGAACCUGGCCGAAGACAUCAGCAUAGAGCUGAAGAUGAGGAACAAGAACGUCGUCCACAUGCUGGUGAAGAUCCUGGACCGGGAGGACCGGGAGCUGCUGCUGGUGGUGGUCACCUUCCUCAAGAAGCUCUCCAUCUUCCUGGAGAACAAGAACGACAUGGUGAGAGACGAAGUUUCAGAGUCGAUGAGUCCAGAACAGGAGAGAGUGAUGUUAUGUGAUGAUCCACUUUAGCGUUAUCUCGUUAAUUGGUGCCUCAUUUCCACAAUUGACCUUGCUUCUCUGCCGUGCAGACGUCUCUCUGCCUGCUCCUGCUGCUUGAGCUUUAAUCAUUUCUUCAUGACUUUUAAAUCACUUGACUAGUCUUGGUUUUGAUUUUACUUUUCUCUUUUAAGUAAACCAAGAUCUUUAAAAUCAUUUUUGCGCUUUUUACUGUACUUUUUACUUUACCGAGUGACUGGAUAAUACAGCUAACCAGCACCAAGAUGCCCCACUUCAGCACGGAUGAUUACCACAAACUGCUUCAGAAAAUUGCAGUGCUAGAGACCAAAAUCAACCGAUUAAGAAGCAAAUGUGGAUAGAAACGGACGGUGCGGGAAUGAAACAACAUCUUGUGACCAGAACCAUAACACACAGCUUAUCACUAUCGACCAAGAAGACUACGGAUCCUCCAAUGCCUCUUCUUCGGAUUCCCUCGGAGCUAAACCCAAAUCAUCUCACUGGAAUAUGGGAGGACAAGCAGAGCCCAGCACCCUGAGAUCUGUGAUGAGACUGGCUGGCCUAAACUAUCUUCAACACCUGUCCAGCGUAAGAAGCAGCCAUGGAUAGCUGCCAAAGGAGGCCCUAAAAUCAAAAACAAUCUCCCCCCGCAGCAGCCAUCCCUCUCACUGCACAACAGAUUUGCUCCACUGUUACGGAAUCCUGGAUCCUCAUCUCCGCAUAGCAGGGUAAGAUCUGAGAGAAAAUCAAAAAACGGGGAACCUCAAACAUUGAUUGUGGGUGAUUCUGCUAUAAAAGACAUACAAAACAGGAGCAAAAACAGCAAAGUGCUCUGCUUCCCCAAGGAUAUGGUCUGUGACAUAACAGGCAAAAUUCAGGAUAUAGUGGCCUCAUAUCCCUCUCUGACAGCUAUUGUGAUUCACUGUGGAGCUAAUGACAUUGUAACAGAACAAUCUGAAAAACUAAAACGUGAUUUCAGUGAACUAUUAAAAACAGUCAGCUCCCUGAAUGCUCAGGUAUUCAUCAGUGGCCCCCUUCCACCAAUCAAAAGAGGAGAUAUGAGAUUUAGCAGACUUUUUGCCCUGAAUCGAUGGCUAUCUACUGCCUGUACCAAAGUCAACUUUAUUGAUAACUUCAGGCUGUUCUGGGACCGCAGGCAUUACUUCAGAGCAGACGGACUCUCUCUAAACAAAGCUGGAGUGAAACUAUUCACCUCCAACCUGUAUCACUCCCUGCGUCACCCAUCCGUCAAGGACAAGAGACAAGAGGCAAAAAGACAUGAGAUAAAACACCACGGCCUUGACAGAGAGACGCCUCGGGCCCCCCCGCGCACAAAAAGCUUUGGUUCAAGCCAGAAGGAGGAGUCUGUACUUCUUCUACCACCGCUCUCCUUAGAGGACCCACCCUGCUCAAGCAAGGAGGAGGAAUCUCUACUUCCUGUAUGCCCACCAACCGAGGAAGACGUGCCCUGCCAAACGUCACCCAUAGCAUCCUCCUCCCUGGGCACACCAUCCCCCUCCUCCUCCCUCCUGGAUUUUCCAGCUGAACUGAGAGAACUGGAGAAUGCUGGAGUGAGACUUAGCGGCACGCCUCUCCACCACUCCAGCCACAGGACGGUCCUCCCCCCUCCAAACCCCCCAAAUCACCCCAAAUCCUCCAAACAGCAACGUGCACCUCCUCCUCCCCCACGACAAGGAGUACUGCAGCAUCCUCUCCCUCAGCGUGAUAAGAGCACAGGACUAACAGUGAGGAACACCUCGUUCUCAAUAAGCUCUUGCUGAUAUGUUUUGGGUCCAGGCAAGGAUAACUAUAGUUAUAUCUCUUCCCAGGACAGCCUGUGGCCCGAUGAGAUAACGCCACCAAUCCCAGUCAUAAUAAGUAAUAGACACACUAAUCUGCCUAAAAACAGAAGGUAUCUAACUAAGAAUUUAUCAAACUUAGUCUCCAUCCCCCGUCAGCCCAUCAUGAAAACCAGUACAGAAAAUUUCUCUAGCACACUACACUCAGCUCUUUUAAAUGUCAGAUCUUUAGCUGGAAAAUCAUUCUUAAUCAACGAUCUUAUCAUCAAGCACAAUCUCAACUUAAUGUUUUUAACUGAAACCUGGUUAGAACAAGAUAACAGUGCAACUGUACUUAUCGAGUCAGCCCCCCCUAACUUCAGCUUUAUGAGUGAAAUGAGGAAGCAUAGAAAAGGAGGUGGAGUAGCUAUUCUAUUCAAGGACUCAAUGCACUGUAAACAGAUGUACUACGGGAAUUUUCCUUCCUUUGAAUAUGUGGCCUUCCAGUUGAACUCUGCUACUAGAGCAAUAUUCCUUAACAUCUACAGACCUCCUAAAUAGGGAACCGAAGCCACGCCCACUUCCGCGUUAGCGCUAUAGGUCCUAUUGGGAUAAUAGGAGUGAAUGGACAGGUCUAUGGUAUUUUCUGGUCCGCUUUGUUUUACACCCUGAGUCACAAAUAUGUUGUAUUUUAACUUAAAUGAUAACCAUUAAGGUAAAUAAAGGCUAUGUUUGUUGUGUAAUUGUUGAUCUAUUUGUCUUUGAAAACACGUAAAUGGAGAGACUACAGACCUCAAGAAGUCGCGUAAAUGACGUCACGUCAGUAUUUCUACUUCUAGCUAGCUGACAACUCCUGUCAACUCGUCAUCAUUGCCAAAAUGCCUGUGUGUUUUGUGCCAGAAUGUCACCAUAAUAGUUCAGCAGGAUGUUCCUUUCGCCGUUUCCCGGCUGAUAAGAAGAAAAGGAGUCGGUGGAUUCAAUUAAUCAGGUGAGACUUACAUGAUAUGCGUCGUCUGUCAAAGCUUAGACAGUGACGCAAAAAUAGUGCGACGAACGGUGUAGUUCAUUACGUGGUCUCACUCUAAAUUAAACUGUAGUUAUAGCAACAUGUCUAAAAUCACGGCUUUUUCGAGGUUAAAAUGUAAAUUUAAACAUGAUAAACAUUAUAUGUGAAAUCCACGGCGUAUACCAAAGCGGACCAGUAGUUAUAUAUAUCUGUCCAUUCAUUUUGAUGGGCUCCAUAGGACCGUAUGCUAACCCGGAAGUUAGCAUGACUUCGGUUCCCUAUACUGUGUGAAUUUUUUUGAUGACUUUACUGAAUUGCUGUCUAUAAUCUGUAUUGACUUUGACUGUGUAGUGAUUGUUGGUGAUUUUAACAUUCACGUUGACAACCCCCAGGACAGAGGCACCAAAGAAUUGUGCUGUCUCCUUGAUAACUAUGGUUUGACCCAACAUGUAACAGAGCCCACACACAAUAGAGGUCACACUCUAGACCUAAUUAUUUCCAAGGGCCUGAACAUACCCAAAAUUAUGGUCACUGAUGUUGCUAUUUCUGAUCACUCCUGUGUGUUUUUUGAGAGUACUAUCUCUAUGUUAUUCACCACUGCUCAGACAGAGGUAAUCACCAAGCGGCUUAUCACUGACUACACCAGUGAAAUAUUUAAUCAGGCUUUGACUCCUCUCCCAGCUCUCUCACGGCUCUCGGUCAAUGAGCUUGUAGAAGACCUUUGCUCUAGAAUCACAAAUGUGAUGGAUGCCAUUGCGCCCACCAAGGUGAAAAUAGUCUCUGGCAAGAAAAGAUCUCCAUGGAGGAAUGCCGCGCUGGUCAGAGCUGAAAAAAGAGAGUGUCGGAAAGCCGAAUGCAGAUGGCGAAAGACAAGCCUUCAGGUUCACUAUCAGAUCUAUAAAGAGAGACUUCGUAUCUUUAACCUAGAACUAAGAAAUGCUAGACGAUCCUUCUUCUCAGACAUCAUCACCAAAAACAAAAAUAAUGCACGCGCCCUAUUUACCACAGUCGACAGGCUAACAAACCCGCCAGUAUCAGUAGCCUCUGAAUUUCUGUCUGCCAAGGCUUGUAAUGAAUUUGCCUCCUUCUUCAAUAACAAAAUCCAGAAAAUUAGACAAACAGUCAGUAGCUCAAUAUCCGGUACAGGAUAUGUGUUGUCCACGCGUACUAACCCCAGUAGCAUGACACAAUUCAACCUGAUCAACAUUAAAACCCUGGAGGACAUCAUACUAAAUCUGAACUCCUCCACCUGCUGCCUUGAUUCUCUGCCAACAGGUUUCUUUAAAACAGUUUCUAAUUGCAUGGCCUCAGAUCUUCUACAGAUUGUCAACAUGUCACUUCUGUCAGGUGUCUUUCCACAGGCCCUGAAAACUGCUGUCAUAAAGCCUCUCCUAAAAAAAAGCAACCUAGACAACUCAGUAAUGAACAAUUAUAGGCCUAUAUCGAACCUCCCGUUUUUAAGCAAAAUCAUUGAAAAAGCAGCCUUCCAACAGCUUCACAACUUCUUAGUCCUAAACAACUGUCUUGACGUUUUCCAGUCAGGGUUUCGACCGCAUCACAGCACUGAGACUGCUCUUAUCAAAGUCUUUAACGACAUCCACUUAAACUCAGACAACGGCAAAACUUCAGUCCUAGUAUUGCUCGAUCUCAGUGCCGCGUUCGACACGGUUGACCACAGCAUCCUACUCGAUCGACUGGAAAACUGGGUGGGACUUUCUGGAACAGUACUAAACUGGUUUGCAUCCUACUUAAAGGAUAGAGACUACUUUGUGUCUCUAGGUAAUUACACAUCAGAGCGAACAAAAAUGACAUGUGGGGUUCCCCAAGGCUCCAUUCUGGGGCCACUCCUGUUCAACAUUUACAUGCUCCCUCUAACUCAAAUCAUAGCAAACAACAAAAUAUCUUACCAUAAUUAUGCAGACGACACACAGAUUUACAUAACCAUAUCGCCAGGCGACUACAAUCCAAUACAAACACUGAGUCAGUGUAUUGAACAAAUCAACGAUUGGAUGUGUCAGAAUUUUCUUCAGCUAAACAAAGAUAAAACUGAAGUAAUUGUAUUUGGAGCAGAAGACGAGCGAUUAAAAGUCUGUGCUCAGCUUCAAUCGAUAAUGUUAAAAAGCACAAACCAAGCCAGAAACCUUGGUGUUGUCAUGGACUCAGACCUGAAUCUUAACAGCCACAUAAAGACAAUUACAAAGUCAGCCUACUAUCACCUGAAGAAUAUAUCAAGGGUCAAAGGACUGAUGACCCAGCAGGAUUUGGAAAAGCUUGUCCAUGCAUUUAUCUUCAGCAGACUUGACUACUGUAACAGCGUCUUCACAGGUCUCCCCAAAAAAUCCAUCAGACAGCUCCAACUGAUUCAGAAUGCUGCUGCUCGAGUCCUCACUAAGACCAAGAAAGUAGAUCAUAUCACCCCAGUUCUCAGAUCUUUACACUGGCUUCCCGUCUGUCAAAGAAUUGAUUUUAAGAUACUAUUGCUGGUUUAUAAAGCACUGAAUGGAUCAGGACCAAAAUACAUUUCUGAUAUGCUGAUACGUUACGAACCACCCAGACCGCUCAGAUCAUCAGGAGCAGGUCUGCUCUCUGUCCCCAGAGUCAGAACUAAACGUGGAGAAGCAGCUUUUAGUUUUUAUGCUCCUCAUAUCUGGAACAAACUCCCUGAAAACUGUAGGUCUGCUGAAACUCUCAGCUCUUUUAAAUCACAGCUGAAAACGCAUAUGUUUGCUGUGGCCUAUCAUUAAAUCAAACCUGAGGCCUUUAAUCAACAUCUUCAUCAUCUGCCUGUCUUGAUCUUUUUUUUUCUAUCUCUCCAAUCUAACCUUUGUUUUCUUUUAUCUCCAAUCUUAUUUUAGCUUUGAAUGUAACUUUUAAUCUGUUAAAUGUCUUUUACGCUGUUUUUACUUUUUAAAUUGUGUUGAAUGUUUUGCCUGCUUGUUUCAUGUAAAGCACCUUGAAUUGCCCUGCUGCUGAAAUGUGCUAUACAAAUAAACUUGACUUGACUUGACUUGACUCUGUACACACAUGAAAACAUGAACGCUGCCUCGAGUGUCCAAUCAGGGAACUGCAGUUCUUUACAGAUAUUUAGAAACCUGACAGAAACUAUCUGAUGAAGUUUUAGAGGAAGAUAUCAAACUCUGCCUCAUUAUGACUUAACAAAUCAAAGAUCAUCUAUUUCCAUAGUUAGAUUUUUAAACUGCAGCAGAAAGGAGUUUUUUUCUGGUGCCUCCUUUAAAAAAAUCACACGAGUCCUAAUCAUGGUUGAAUAAAAACAUUUUUGGCUCGUCUUGGAUCUCGGAAACUUCUGGUUUCUGCAGAUUUUCGAGGUUUGGUUUACGUCACCAUGAUCGUGUCCGUUAAAAACUUUUUGUUCUGACGUUUAAACUCGAUUUUUCACGUUUUUAAAGACACCCUCCGUCUCUGUUUGUUCGGUCAAACACUCCCGGGGUCGUUUUGACAAAUAGCUGCUCCUCUGUAGGAAUGCCAGCUGAAACCAGAGUGAUCAGAUUUCACUUGAACAAGUACUCCGAUGGUCCACUUUUGGCCACGUGUCCCUCAGCGCUCGUUCAGGAACCUCUCUGCUCCGGCUCGCUCUAAUCCACCUCCACCUGGUUCCAAUCUGGCUCAGUUUGUGGGUCUUUAUCAAAGCCAGACCCUGUUAGGAACUGGUUUUAUCUCCGUGUUUCCCCUUCAGUGUAUCUUUGAUUCAGAUUAAAGGACCCUUCAGGGGGUGUGGGCCCAGUCCAGCAUGAGUCCAGCUGGAAAAAAAGACUGUUUUCAACACUUUGAGUAGAUCAGUUUACACAGGGGAGAGUUUUUCUUCUGUGGAGGGACAGCAGAGGUGUUUAAUUGACUCACAGAGACCUGAGUUAUGCACUAAUGUGUGUCAUCAGUUUGUGUUUUCACUACAAACACGCCGUGACUUUCUCCUCAUCAGAUAACUCAAUCAGAUCAGGUCACUUUCCCGCCGCUGUCACUAAUGGAGGGGGGCGGCGGCCGUAAUUGACGCGGGCUGCUCUUGAUUACUCAGCUCCAGGUCUGGUCUGUGACGCUGCGACUGGAGCUGGUUUUCACACACAGUAGCAGCGAGUGCGUUUUAACUGGGAGCAGGUUGAUAUCAGGCUGUGUGGGGAGACCACAGGAGAGGGAGGCGGACACGUCAACGAGCGGCACGGGUCCGACCGGAGCUCGGCUGUGUCACAUCGACAGUGACAGCAUGUGGGUUUUACUGAGAGGGAUCUGAGUCCGGGUCUGAGAUCUGUUCGGUGUCUUCAGCUCAACACCUCCACCUGUCUGUGAUCCAUGAGAACCUCCUCUGACAGGAAAUAAAGAGGGAAACGUCAGCGUGUGAAUAUUUCUAUCCUGAUUUUUAAAGGGAGAGUGACUCUAAUAUUUGUUUUUGUGACUAUUAACACAACUGAACUGUUUUAAACGAACCUCUGCGUGAUUUAAAUAAUCCUUAAAAAUGGUCUUAAGUAUUUAUAACAAUGUUUAUGUCGUGUUAUAAGAGUGGACAUCAUUUACAGCUCAUUUAAUGCAGAUAAUCACUUAUAAUGAAUGUUAUAAAGCAUCAUAAAUGUCAUCAGCACUUUUUCCUCUAAUAAAGGGAAGUUUAGAAAAACUUAAAUAAUAAAAACUUUAGUAUUUUCUGUUAAUAACAUAAAAAUUAUACUCAGUUUUUUCUCAAUAUUUACUCUAAACUGAGUGAAAAAUUAUCAAAUUAAAUUUGCAGAAUAAAGUCGAAGUAAAAUCAAAAUAAGAGGAGGAUGAAGUCGUCGUGUCGUGAAGAUAAAUAAAGAGCAGCAGCUGGAGCGUCUGGUUCAAGUGUCCCUAAUGUUUUGUCUCCUCAGGACUUUGAACAGACUGAGACCUGCGGUGUCCCCCUUUAAAACAGAAUCAUAAAUUAACUUUUAUUUUUCUAAGUUCAGCGUUAAAACUCAUAAUUUUCCCAAAGUUUUUUUCCAUCAUCACACUUCCUGUUUUAUUCCAGUCGAACCCGUUUAUUCCCAGUUAGGUUCCUCUUGUUCCACUGUGAUGUGACGCUUUAUUCCUCUAAUUUUUUCACCUUCAUGCUCCAGUUAAAAAUAGAGUUACUGAUAAUAUUAUAAAUGUUCACAAACUAACCUUACAGUUUUAUUUUGUAUAUUUACAUUCCUUUAAGUUUAAGUAUUUUUAUAUCAUUUAUACCCGAGAAAGUUUUUAAUUUUCGUGAUUUUUAUUUGAUAGUUAUAAAGCACACUGCAGAAGAGUUAAAUAUGACAGUCAAAGUGUUUUUUUUAAGUCGAUUACAGAGUUACAGAUGUGAGUUGAACUCCUGAAGUUUCAUCUUGACUUCUUUUCUCUCUCCGUCUCUCUGCAGGCGGAAAUGUCGGCGGUGGAGAAGAUCGCUCAGCUUGUUCCUUGCGAACACGAGGAGCUCCUGAACACCGCCCUGCGUCUCCUGUUCAACCUUUCCUUCGACAGAGCACUGCGCGGCCAGAUGGUGCAGGCGGGACUCAUCCCCAGACUGUCCUCGCUGCUCGGUAAUCAGGCUGGCUUUGACCGACUGUUAUUUGUCUGUUUAUUUAUGUGUGAUAGCCUCUUUAAAAAACACUCACCCAGUCGGUAAUUUGUUUUUACUGAGGCGUAGGCGCAGGUGCAGCUGUUACGCAGCAGCAGCGCACCGUCUCUGGUGACCAUUAGAGCAGUGACCUCCUGGAAGCUCCGGAGCGUGCGAUUGGUGCGUUGUCUCAUGCGUGGGGCGUGUGACACGGUCAGAAGCAUCUCUGACAGACCUUUUGAAGCCUCUCAGGGGGAGGCUCGGGUAACGGCGCAUAAUUAAUAUAAUAUAUUUGUUAGAAUAACAUGCCAGAGCCUCUGCACAAAUGUUGUUUUUGCAGGAGCGGGCCGGAGAGGUGGAGGGGUCUGCAGAGAUUUAGGGAGGGAAGUGGAGGGUGGGGGUCUGCUUCAGGAAGCGUGGCACACACAUAAUAUAACUGAACACUGAAAUAUUACGCCCCCUCACAGGUCUGACACGGCUCUGAGUUUGUGUGUGUGUGUGUGCGUAGUUUGCGGCGGCGUCAUUAAUCAUGAGCUUUCACUGCAGACCGUCCUCCUUUAGCCGACACACUCUGCAUGAGCGCUGAAGUCUUAUCUCCAAAGAGAGAGGGUGAGGAGGGGUCUCCAUCCAGACCUGACCCGGGGUCCUGACCCCUGAUGAUAAGAUCAAAGUCCAGAGCGGGUCUCUCUUGUCAUCAUCGCCUCUCACUCGAUUCAUCCCAACACCACCUGAACUCAGAGACAGAAGAAGGUUCCUCCUCCUCCUCCUCCUCCUCCUCCUCCUCCUCCCUGUCAGCUCACUCUUAUCUUCACUCUCAUGAUCUCCAGCUGCUGCAGGAACUUUCUGAUGAAUUUAUAAUCCGCUGAACGAGAUCAAGUCUCUCUGUUUGAAGGAGAUUCACACAUUUGAAGAAGAAGCCUAGUUUAGAUCUGCGUCUAAAGAAAUGAUAAGCGUUUGUAGAUUUUUUCAGCCUGCAGCCAUAAAACAAACUCAAGAGGUCGGAGGCGGACGCUUCAAAUCAGACCAGAAGAAGUUCUUGUAUUUUGCACGUAUCGGUUUAGAUCGUUACUCUCACUUCCUGUCUGUAACGCUGUUGAAGUUUGGACCAGAAACCGGUGUUAUUGUAACCUGAAGGUUCGAGGUAAGGUGGUCGGAUAAUUCUAAUGAUGAGAAACAGCAGGAUGGAGACGGAGAACUCCAACAUAACCCCCCCAAAACACAACAUCUGAUCACAUGUCACAGCACUGACCAAUCAGAGGCGAGGAACCCAAAGUAAACCCAAAGUUUAAAGCUGCUGCUCAGUUUUGAGAUCAUUGAGGUGAUUGAGGACAGGUGAGGAGAGGGGGAGGGGUCAACUGUGGAGAGGUUGGUUGUGAUUUGUGCUCUGGGGCUUUGACUGACAGGUAGGGUAUCCAAUAUGAGGAGAGGUGGACAGAAAUGAUUCCUGGGCUACAAAAACAUCAUAAUCUUUAAAAAAAUUAAAACGCCCCAAAAUGCCAAAAGCGUCGUUUUUAAAAGAGGCCGAUGACUUUGGAUAAAAAAAAUGAUGUUAAAGCUCCUAUGAGGAACUCCACUUUAGUGUUGGUUUGGCGCCCCCUGUGGACAAAGUGACACCUCUGUUUUCUUUGCUGAUCUAAUGUCUCAGAAGAAAAUCUGAAGUUAAAAAUCUUGUUGCUGAUAUUUUGUCUGAUUUUGAAGCUCAUGAUCGGAUAUUUUUGUCCAUUUAUUUAUGUUAAAAAUUCCCUACAGGAGCUUUAAAUCUUUGUCUUGUUUGAUCGAAGAGACGAUUGUUUGAAAUGAAGGAAACGUUUUCAUAAAUAUUGUGAGGUUAAUAAGAGAGACUUAGAAUUUUCUCUUCUUUUUUGUGAGUGCCUGUAAUUUCAGUAUCUUUGGGUUAAUUUGACGGAUUUAGACUUUAAACUGUUUCCUGAUAUUAAGAGUCAAAAAGAAGAAAACUUUUCUUAUUUCUCAGCUCAGUUUUAUUCUCCCACAAUGCAGCUUGUUGCCCGUCAUUACGCUGCAUAAACGAAUGAGCAGACUGGCGUUGGGGGCGGGGACGUCUUUACGAGGUUUGGGCUCUGUUAUGUGGUCUGGGAUGUCUCACAGGACUGAACCCGGCUCGUUUAUUUAUCCAGAAAAUCACAAUAACAAGCGAGAGCUGCUGUCCACAGACCGCGCCCCAGACGCCUCCUAAUGCGUGCGGCUGUCAUUUUACGAAGGUUAGGCGGUUUGAAAGCAGGCCGGGGUGUAAUUGGAGUUUCGCUCUCCCACUAACGGCCCAUGAACAGUCCAGUUAAUUCUUUACAGCACCCCCCCAUCCCUGAACCCGACCGGGGUUCUGAACCUUUAAUAGGAUCUCUCUCCUCGCUCAUAAAGGAUCCUCCAUGUCCCUGUGUAAGUGUUUGUAAGUGUGUGUGUGUGUGUGUGUUUUCACGAGCGUUGGAAAGGUAUUGGUUGAGGUAAAGGAUCACUAAUGAGAAGCACAUGUUGCAGCCAAUCGGUGAGCGGCGAGCGGCGGCGGAGCUUCGACUUAUUAAAGGCAGUAAAAUUGAUGCUUCCUCCUGUUUUCCCAAUUAAAGCCCGAAGCCGUCUCUCUCUCUCUCUCUCCUCAGCCCUCCUGUGAUUCCAGGGGUUCACUGAGAACAUCUGGAUCCAAUCCUCGGUGAUAAGACGCCCAGUGACCGAACACGGCUGGGACCAGAUUUAACUGGACCCGGUCGGGGCGUCACUGGAGGUCUGUCAGUGGUUCUGGUCCAGUGAAGAGCCUCUCUCUUAACACUUCUCUUAAUGAAAAGUUCCCGGGUCACAUUCUGGACUGGACUCUAUUAAUCCUCCUCCUCCUCCUCCAGGCCUGCCCCCCCCCCCCCCCCCCAGUUCCUGUCAGAGGUCAGACUCAUAAAGGUCCUGGUCUCCCUGACAGUCUAACACUCAAUCCGUUCAGUCUUUAUCUUUAAAAGCGUCGCUGCACAGACUCGAUAAACUCACUCAGGAGCGAAGAGACGGAGAAAUAUUUGAGUGUCAGUUCAGACCGGACAAAGUUCACCUCUGUUUUUAUUGAUUACUUUGUGCAUUUUAUUGUUAAUUCUUGACCUUCGACCUCUUCAUCUAUGAACUGCAUGUUUUAUUCUUUCUUUUUUAACACCGCUCCUUAACCUUCACUCAUUAUUCCUGUGAAACAGCCUGAUUUUAGUAGGAUCUGCUCUAUUGUUGUCUGGACCUCACUGUGCUUUCAGAGGAUUUAAUGUAACCCUAAUAACAACAACAAUAAUAAUAAUUAUUAUUAUUAUUAUUAGGGUCAAUUCAGACUCUUAACCUUAAAACUGCGUCCUCUCUGAGCAAACUGCAAAGUAUAAAACUUUAAAAACAGAAUUAAAAACACACGAGGGAAAUAGUACGAAAAACAAACAAAUGAUUCACUGACAAAAUAAGGAAACCUGAUUUGUCUGCAUUUUUCUAAGCAGUCAAAGUGUCAGGAUACAAUCAAACUGUUUCAUCAGACUAUAAAAAAGACAUUUUUCUGCUGAAUUUCUCGAAUAUCUCUAGAAAAAUGUCAGAAAUCGAUUAUCAAUGGCAGAAAAAGUUCAACUUUUUGUUUGUUUCUAUAAGAUCUCAGGCUCAGAGUAAACUGAUAUGUUGGUUUAAUAUCAGUACGGUCAAAUAUCGGCCCUGUUGACACACAUGAUCUGCACAGAUGUCAGUAUGUAAUCUUCAUCUUCAUCAUCUGCAGAACUCAAGUUUUGAUGGAGCAGAAGAAGUCCUGUAACGAGGAACAUCUCUGAUCCAGACUACAUGAGGGUCACCUACGACAAUUAAAGCUUCAAUGUGGAGCUUUUGAAUUGCACAGGCGCCCCCCUGUGGAGGGAAUGUCUGCUCAGCGUUUCCUGUCCGUGUCUGUUUCUUAAAGACCUCAUCCUGCUUUCGUUCUUCAUCAUCGACACCUGCUCUGCUGCAGGACUCUCAGACACUCAAACAUGAGUCUUCUUCUUCUUUGUGGUCCUGUUUGCUUAUUUCAGAGGUGUCCAAAUUUAUCUGAGUCUGUUUCAGAUCCAACUCAAACCUCCAAACAGGAGCGUUGAUGAACUCCACUGUAGAUAUUUCUCUCCUAGAUCACACCGUUAGCAGAGAGCAGCAGCUGUUUCUUCUGCUGCACAUUUCUCCUCUUGUGUUUGUAAAUAUUUCACUUUAAUUUAAUCUGUCUCUCUGCAGGAACAUCGUUAAUAACCUGCAUGAAAAUGUUUCUCCAUCAUCUGCUGAUAGUAGGAAAAUGUUUUAAGUUCUCAUUAUGAGCGAGUCGUACAUUUUUAGAGACUGUUUUUGCCGUUAGACUGACUGCUGAGUUUUUCCUCUUUUUCCCGUUUUCCCUUUGUUUUGGACGGAGACAAAUCUCUGGAUAAUCUCGAACCCUGCUCGGUAAAGCCUCUUUUUGUAAUUUAGGAUCAUACUGGCGCCUUUAAGCGGCAUGAAAGAUCGCCUUUUUCCACAUAUUUCCCGUUCAAUCUUGUUUUUCCUCUGGUAACCCGCCUGUGAGGGAUGACAAACUGAGACACUGCAGCCGCCCGCUCCUGAUUCUGCUCCCGCCGCCUCCUGACCUCCAACAGGACUCGCUGUUAAAAAGUCCAUUCAGCCCAUUAAUACCUUCAAAAAACACACAGCCCUCCCUAGAUGUGGUCAUUGGCAUCCCGCAGAGCGUUACGGCACAACUGCUCAUUCAUGCAUUGACCGUCCUCCUCCUUCUCUGUUUAUGUUGCAGCUGACGAGGCCCAGAGACACUUCAGCAUGUGCAUUCUGUACCACAUCAGCAUGGACGACAGAUUCAAGUCCAUGUUUGCCGACACAGACUGCAUACCACAGGUAAGACUGGCUAAUGUACCAAACCCAGCAGACCAAGACAGACACAUUAGCAUCAGCAGCUAACGGCCCCGGGGGAAUGAAUGCAUGAGAACCAGAGGGAGAGGGAGGGGACGCCACACCACAUCUGGAGCCAAAAACCACCAGAGGACUGCUGCUCAGUCUUCACUCUCACUCUGAUGACAACGAAGACUUUACGUCUCCCCACUGAGUCCUGCACAGAUCCUGCAGAUACUCCCGUGUCCUCUUUAGAGACGAGCGUCUGAGUUAUCAUCGUUAAACUUCAACAUGAUCAUCGCAGCUGUUUUUUACUCUCAGAUAAGUCAUUUUUAAUCACCCCAGGUCUACUGUUUGCAAAGUGAUUCAGUCUUUUUUAAAGUGUAAAAUUAACUUUGAUUAAAAGGGUCUCCUUGGUCCUGGAGAUAUUGUUCAGAAUUAUGUUUAAAACUGAGGAUGCAGCAUCUAUGUUUUCCAGUUCUGUGUUGAAAGGACGAUUGGACUUACUAAGGCGAAACAUCUCAAGUAAGUCCAGGUGUCCUUUCAACAAAGAACUGGAAAUCAUAGAUGCUGCAUCCUCAGUUAUAAACAUAAUGCGGAACAAUAUCUCCAGGACCAAGGAGACCCUGAACUGUUGAGCAGCUGAAAUCAUCGAUCAGGCCAAAACAUUUGACUGUCAGACUCCAGAAACUGGUCUGCUGGGUUCACUAAGGUCUACAGAGAGAGGCGGGAAGAAAUAAGCUGAAGCAAUAAAACAGAGCAGAGAUGAUGGAGGAACUUUGAGAAAUGAAGGUAGAAGAGAGCAGUGAGUGGGAGAGUAAGCAAGCCUCAGGGCAGGGUCAGAGGUCACAUCCUGGUCAUGCUGCUCGGGGAGGAGGCUGGGCGGAGACCUCAGGGUUCAGAUCUGCUGCUGACGUGACCCUUCUGAACAAACAGCCGACUCUCCCGGCCACAUCUGGCGGGCAUUUACACCCAAUCUCAACAAACAAACACGACGCACGUUUAACUAAUCGCCAGUGAUGAGAGGAGCGACUGACCGGGUCAACUCAAUCAGGAGGGAGCGGCGCUCUGCGAAAAUGUUAUGAUCGAAGGUUGAAAGAAAUCAGCCUGGGGGGGUGGGGGGGCUUUCUUAGGAAUCCUCGAGGAUAUUUGAGUUUGAAUAAACCUGGGCCGCGUUUUAACAUAGAUCUGGGAACUAAAGGUCUAGAAGUGCUGAAAUACUCAGAGAGAUGACUCCGGCCUGAUGGGAAAGCACAGCGGUUAUUUCACUCAUUUAAAAACAAGCUGAACACGGCUGGAGUCGAGCAGAAACUCCAGAGAUCCGCUCAGUAAAAUCCACGUUUCCGUCAGAGAGGUUAAAGGGAUAUUCCGGCAUAAAAUUAAGUUUAAAGACACCGUAACACAGAGUUAGACCCACCGUCCAGAGAUGAAUGUUGCCGCUCUAUAGCCACAAAUAAUGCUCAGAACAGCACCUAACUUCAUCAACAGGACAUAUAGGGUCACAGACAUAGUACUAGACAACAAACAUCUUUUUAACUUUGACUCAUUUAUUUAGUAAAGAGACUAAACACAACUCACCUACUCUCUUCCAGCAGACGCUUGUUUGUAGUGAGACCUCAGGCCAGUCCAUUACGGACUACAGCGGGGUGCCGCAGCUCAAGGAAGAACAUUUAUGAUCAUUUCUUUAUCAUUUCCUUGAAGUAAUAAUCACCAUAUUAAUCAUUUUACAGACGCAGUAGUUCUUCUGUCUUAGCGUCUCGGUCUGAUUGUAUUUACAUGAAGAAAUGAUCAUAAAUGUUCUUCCUUGAGCUGCGGCACCCCGCUGUAGUCUGUAAUGGACUGGCCUGAGGUCUCACUACAAACAAGCGUCUGCUGGAAGAGAGUAGGUGAGUUGUGUUUAGUCUCUUUGCUAAAGAAAUGAGUCAAAGUUAAAUAGAUGUUUGGUGUCUAGUAGUAGAGGAAAUCUUAACCUUUAACAAUGUGGUUUGGUAACCUAAAGACAAAAGGCAGAUGUCAGCUGCAGAAAAUACUGAAUCUAGCCUCUAAAAUCAUCAGGAAACUGAUGGCUCCUCUGACCGCUGUGUAUUACUAUCCUGCGGUCGUUACUAAAGUUGGUAUAACUAGAGAAGCAAGCGGUCGACAACAUUCAUCUCUUGACUACGUGUGUUUGACCCUAACUUAAUUUUACGCCAGAAUAUCCCUUUAAGCCCAUGCGGUGACUCCAACUACAGAGUCCUGUUGUUUCUAAACCUGGAGAUCUUGUUCAACAUUAAAGGAGCCUUCACAGAUGAUGACAUGGACUCUGAUGAUCCCCAGACCAUCAGGGCUGCUGGUUCUGAACAGGGCGGUCAUCAGGUCUAGACUCGAGUCUUAUUUCUCUGGUCCUGAUCCUUCGUUUUUUUUCAUCCUCAUAAAGAUCAAAAUUCUCCUCCAUCCAUCCAUGUUCAGUAAAACUCCACCUUUAACAAACCGCCUCCUCUCGCUCCUCCACCUUUCAUCAUCUCUCACCUCUUUUACACUUUUAAGACCCCCCUCCACUCCCUCUCUCCCUCUCUCUCCCUCUCUCUCCCUCUCUCCCUCUCUCUCUCUCUCUCUCCCUCUCUCCCUCUCUCUCUCUCUCUCUCUCUCUCUCCCUCUCUCUCUCUCUCUCCCUCUCUCUCCCUCUCUCUCUCUCUCUCUUUUAUCACUUUCCCAGGCCGCUGCCUGACCUGCCCUCUCCCCCUUCUCCUGCUUUAAUGGGGUCAGGGUUUGCUGCUGGAUGUAGAUGUUGGGAGGAGCAGAGGGACAGAGGUGGAGGUGGGGGUGGGGGGGUUUGUGUUGGUCGGGCUGCAGCGUGGAGGAGGCCCCCGGUGGCCGUCUGUGGUAAAUAAGCAGAGGCAGGUGCCAGAGAGUCUAGACGGGGCUGAUUUUGGGGUCCGGGGCCUCUGGUAUGUGAUACCUUACCCAGGCCCGGUCCAGCCUCUUUACCCCCCCACCCCCUCUGGUUCCUCACAGGGAAGCAGCGCACCUCUGCUCCCCCAUCACCCCCUCAGCUCCGAGCUCUUCCUGUUUAAUGUUAGAGCGGUUCAGGAGAGUCAGACGGAGGGGGUGGAGGUGGGAGGGUGGACACUUCUCGAUCAAUAUGAGCAGAAUGUCUGACAGACUGGUUCUGAUACUGGCUGACUGGUCCCCAAACUGGGUUUUUUUUCAGCCUCCAAGAAACAGGAAAGUUCAUCCAGAAUCCAGAGUUCGGUGGUUUAAUCUGAACCCUUAAUGAACUAUUACCUGUGUGUUUGAUCAGACAGCUCAGCCAGUCUCGUGUUUGACCUCUGAACCUUUGAUUGACAGCUGAUGAGGAUGGUGUUCGACUGCGGCGAGAAGCUGAACAUGGAGCUCAUCGCACUCUGCAUCAACCUGGCGCUCGACAAGAGUAACGCCCAGCUGGUCUGUGAAGGUCAGAGCGCCGCAGGACUCACGAACACGGAGACUCUGUGACUCUCAGCUCUGUGCGACUAACUCCACCUGUCUGUGCUGCUCCAGGUAACGGUCUGAAGAUGCUGAUGAAGCGGGCGGUGAAGAAGAAGGAUGUUCUGGUGAUGAAGAUGAUCAGAAACCUGUCCCAGCACAGCGGGCCCACAAAGACCCUCUUCCUGGUCUGUAUCUGAGUGACUUUAGAGGACCUCGCUGACCUCCUCACAUCCAGACACCAGUACCCGGUGUCUUUGUCAAACUCCUUGAAUCCCGUGAUGUUCAUGUGAUUCGUUUUUACUCCUCUGUCUCCUGCAGGACCACGUCGGUGACCUCGCGGCUCGAAUCGGCGAGGAAGAGGCGGAGGAGUUUGUCAUCGAGUGUCUCGGCACGCUGGGCAAUCUGACCAUCCCCGACCUGGACUGGGCGCUGGUCCUCAAGGAGUACAACUUACUGCCCUACCUGAUGGACAGACUCAAACCAGGUGAGUGUGACCAAAACAGAGUAAAUACGCCGCAGAAGAAUACUCUGAGCGGUCUCUCCUGAGUCCUGCUUUAACCUCGAACCCCUCUCCAUAAAUCAGACUAUCAGUGAGGACAGGAGGCCUAUCCUGACCUCUGACCUCCUGACCCUCAGUUUCCUUUUUUUUAAAUCUGUUUAAAAUCAGAAUCCUAAAGAGGGAAUUAUCGAUAAACAUUUUCACUCGGAGCUCUUGUUUUUGUUUUCUCAACAUUUACUCCAUUUGUGUCUAAAAUGAUCAUGUUUCUGUUCAACCCUCAGGGGUCCUUAAAAAAAGUUACGUUUAGGUCCUUAGAUGGACAAAAAUGUCCAUCUCCUAAAAGUGCUAUGAAAGUACUAAAGAUUAUUAUAUUUUCGACCAUUUUUUGCUUAAAUCUUUUAUUCGACUUCAUUCCUGAUCAUAUCUAUCAAAUAUAAUUUCAUUUUCAGAGUUUUAACCCUUUUUAUUCCAGUUUGAUUAAAGUUGUCACUGUUUUCUUUAAUGGGAAAAAAAGGAAUUUGGAGUUAUUUUCCAUAUAUUAGAUAAUGGGCAGGAUUUUUUUUUUAUUAAGGUCUAUGAUGUGUCAUUAAUUAACAACAACAUUAAUUUUGAUGUAUUAUCAUGUUUGAUGUAUUGUUCAAUUUCUAAAAAAUGUACAUUUAGGUCCUUAGCUGGACAAAAAUGUCCAACUCCUAAAAGUACUGUAAAAAUAUUAUGUUAAUAUUUUUUCUACUUUUUUUAGCUUGAAUCUUUUAAUUAACUUUAUUUUUGAUCAUAUUUAUCAAAUAUUAAUUCAUUUUAAGAGUUUUAACCCUUUUUAUUCCAGUUUAUUCUUUAAUGGGAAAAAAAGGAAUUAGGAGUUAUUUUCCAUAUAUUAGAUAAUGGGCAGGAUUUUUUUUUUAUUAAGGUCUAUGAUGUGUCAGAAAUUAACAACAACAUUAAUUUUGAUGUAUUAUCAUGUUUGAUGUAUUGUUCAAUUUCUAAAAAAUGUACAUUUAGGUCCUUAGAUGGACAAAAAUGUCCAACUCCUAAAAGUACUGUAAAAAUAUUAUGUUAAUAUUUUUUCUACUUUUUUUAGCUUGAAUCUUUUAAUUAACUUUAUUUUUGAUCAUAUUUAUCAAAUAUUAAUUCAUUUUAAGAGUUUUAACCCUUUUCAUUCCAGUUUGACCAUAUAAAGUCACUGUUAUUUUUAAUAGGAAGUUAUUUUCCAUAGAUUAGAUGCUGGGCAGGAAUUUUUUUUUUUUUUAAUUUAUCAAGGUCUAUAAUGUGUCAAUAAUUAACAACAACAUUAAUUUUGAUGCAGUAUUAUGUUUGAUGUAUGUUCUGGUUUCUAAAAAAGUUAGGUGUAGGUCCUUAGAUCUCCUAAAUGUGCUGGUAAAGUAUUAUACAUUAAUAUUUUUUUCUACUUUUUUUUUGCUUAAAUCAGUAAAUCAACUUCAUUCCUGAUCAUAACUACCAAAUAUUCAUUCAUUUUCAGAAUUUUAACCCUUUAAUUUAUAGUGCUUUUGUCACACAGUGAAUAUUGACCUGAUAUAGUAAUAGGUGGUGAAGUUUUAAAAUUUGGAAAGAAAAAAAAAAAACUGAAAAAAAUCAUCCAAUUUGCAUGAACACAACCAAAACGAUCAACAGAUGAAAGGUAAAAAGUCACCAAAAAUGGACAAAAAAAAAGAAGAGCCCCAGAGGGUUCAGACUUGAUUUCUCGCUGAAGGAGGUCUGAGAAACUCUGAGCUGAAUUUCAUCCACCGCUCAACUCUCAUCAGGAAUAAAAAUCUUCAGCAUCAAACGGAAAAAGUCGUCUUACUUUCACGGCUGACAGAGGUCUGGAUCCAGCCGUGGUUCAGCUCUUGUCUGAGGUUUCUGUGUCUCCGCUCCUCCUCUCUCUGAUUUCAGGUACUGCGGAGGACGACCUCAUCCUGGAGGUGGUGAUCAUGAUUGGCACCGUGUCCAUGGAUGACUCCUGUGCCGCCAUGUUGGCCAAGUCCGGCAUCAUCCCCGCUCUCAUCGAGCUGCUCAAUGGUGAGAUCCAAAGAUCAGUGUCCGGUCAGUCCACGUGUCUUAAACAAGAACUAGUAAUGGACUCAGUUUGAUCGAGAUUAUGUUUUAUGUUUCUUUCAGCCCAACAAGAGGACGACGAGUUUGUCUGUCAGAUCGCCUACGUCUUCUACCAGAUGGUCUUCCACAAAGCCACCAGGGACGUCAUCAUCAAAGACACUCGUAUCCUUAAAAUCCGAUAUUUCUGAUUGAUUAGGACACAGCGAAGAACUCGACUGUUUUUGUCACAUCAGCUGAAAAUCUGAGAGUCUGUUUUUUCCUGAAGCGCUGAUCUCAGAGGCCCCGGCGUACCUCAUCGACCUGAUGCACGACAACAACGGCGAGAUCCGCAAAGUCUGCAACAACACGCUGGAUAUCAUCGCUGUGAGUGAACAGACUCCGAAUUCAGCUGUAGGGACUUUGGCCAAGUGUUUAAAGUGGGAGGAGCCAAUUUAAAGUGACACCUCCAAAACUGAAUUUGUAAAAAGAUGCUACAAUAUACAGUAUAUAGGAUAGAUCAAGCAAAGACUGCUUCGUCCACAGGGGGCGCCAAAGUUGACACCUUAGAGGAGCUUUAAAUACAACUUUAUACGUAAAAUUACAGCAAAAUAAUCAUGAAGUACUUUAAUUUUUUUUACACUUUAAUUCUUGGAACAUUUUUUCUUUCUUUCUUUCUUAUUUUUUUCUUUGUUCCUACUUUCUUUCAUUCUUUCUUUUUAUUUCAUUCUUUUUCCUUUUUCUUUUUUCUUUCCUUUUUCUUUCUUAUUUUCUUACUUUCUUCUUUUUUUCUUCACUCUUUUUUCCUUUAAAUUUUUGUCUUUCUUUUUUUUCUUUCUUUUUAUUUUCUUUCAUUCUUUGUUUUUUUAUCUCAUUCUUUUUUACCUUUCUUUUUUCCUUUUUAUUUUCUUUCUUCUUUCUUUCUUUUUUAUCCCAUUCUUUUUUUCCUUUUUCUUUCUUUCUUUCUUUUUUCUAUUACUCUUUUUAAAUUAUAAAUAAUGGAAAAACAGAAAAUUUACCAGGCAACAAUAAAAGAUAUGAAUAAGAUUAGAAAAAUUAAAAGAUAAAAGUGUAGAUGUAUCAUAAAGACAAGUAUUAUUAAAUUAUUUCACAUUUUUCCAUUUACAGUAAAAGUGAGACUUAAAAAAAUCAGGAUCUUCAUGAUAAGAUAAAAAAAAAAGCUUUCACGGAGAUUGUUUGGUUGUUAAAAUCUCAAGUUUGCUCACAGUCUGGAAACAAUAACUCUUCAGUUUUUAAGAUGAAUAUUUUCCAUUAAAUCCAACAUGAAAAUAAAACCCUCAGGAAAGCCUCGUAAAAAUCCUGAUCCAGUUUUCUGAUCCGGCUCGUUUCAGCAGCCAGAGACAAAUUUGACAUCAGCGAUUAACCGAGCAGAGAAUUUAUAAAUCAGCCGGUGACUGACAGGUGUGGUCAGCUCCCAGUCAGUGUGUGAUGGCUGCCAGGCCUCAGAUCAGCAUCAUUAGCCGUAGAUUACAGCCAGGCGGCGAGCAAGAGAGCGAGCGAGCGAGCGAGCGAGGAGGGGGGCAGAGGAAGUGUUUCAUUGAAAUUAUCAGUGAGACCUAUUAAACCGUGGACCACAUGAAAGGGGGACGGGGAGGCUCUGGAGUGUGUCAGCGGGCGGACAGCAGAGGUGAGAGAGAAAGCAGAGCUGUGGACACACACACACACACACACACACACACACACACACACACACACACACACAGGAUCAUUACUGCUCGGUGGUGUGCAGUCCUUUGGCAGCACACAGUAUAACUGUGCAGUCCUGAAACUUGUGCCUUUGAUCAGCGAGGCCCGGCUCAUGUACACACACACACACACACACACACACACACACACUCAGAGCUUCAUAAGCAGCUUUGUAGAUCCUCCAGUUGGGACAGAGGCCUAAUUCAAAAGUGUGAUAUUCUUAGCUCGGUCAUAUUUCCACAGAAAUAUGAUGGAAAAACUGCCCCACACACACACACACACACACACACACACACACACACACACACACACACACACACACACACACACACACCCUCUGCUGUGAUGAGGUCAUCCUGCAGUGAGCUCAGCUGCUAAUAACUUUGACUCAUAUUUAAUGUGUAUGAGAAGAUAAUCGCUGAGUCAUGGACCAGCAGCAGAUAGCGGUCUCGUCUCUCCGUUUGAGUCCGGAGCCUCAGUCCGCUGUCAGGACCCGCUGCUGUCAGGACCCGCUGCGCUCUGCUCUACGUCUGAAUGAUUAAUCUUCCAGGCGGGGGCGUCGCGGUCUCAAAGGCCGCCUUUAUCGCUCGCCCUUCAGCGCCUGCAGAGAAAAGAAAACAGAGCUCUGUGGUCGUCCUCCGCAGAGAAACACACGGAGCAAACAGCUGAGCGGGCGGACGGACGGAUGGAUGGAUGGAGGGUUUUAUGAGCUGCUGCGAAGACGGACUGCACACACACUACCUCUGAGUCUUAAAGGAAACGACAGUCGACUGAAAAACUUUUCACUGUUUUGACUUUUCACUCCACAUUAAUGUCAGUUAAUAGAGAAAACAAAGUUGAUUGUAAAACUGUCUUUAACCUGUGAGCUGAAACUGUGGGAGGGAGGACCAGGAUUUCUAAAAUCAGAGGAGUCUCUGGUGGUCCUGGUUCGAUCUGGUCUCCUCCUUCAUAGUUCAGUUUGAACCUCAUUAGUAGAUGCAGUGAUGAGCUGUGUUCACAGUCAAUGGUUUUUGAAGUCCAUGCGGUGACUCCCACUCCAGAGUCCUGUCUGUUUUUAACGACCUGAAGCUCUAUGACUCUCUACUCUUUAAAACUGAGGAUGCAGCAUCUAUGAUUUCUGAUCAAGUCCAGUUGUCCUCUCCAUGUGGUGAUUUCCACUUCAGAGUCCAGUCCGUUUUUAUUGCCCUGACGAUCAGGACCAUCCAGUCUUGGCAGAUGUCUUUGGUUUUAUUCUGAGUAGCUGAUCUUCUCUGUCUCCCUCUUAAUUCAAUUUCAACUUCAGUUUUAAUAAGCUUUAAUGGUAUGACUGCUUGUACAAUCUUGCCAAAGCAUUACAAUACUAUAAGAUCAAUAACAUCAGUCACAUCAUAGACUGUAUAUAGAAUGGACGCCGUCUGCCUCCUCGCUGGGUAAAGCCACCCUGAGAACAGCGCCCUCUGGUGACGGGCUGCAGUAUAGGUCAUAAACCCCGCCUCCUUAUGGAGCUGUGGACAAACUUUAUAAAUGAAUGACACAGAAUAUAAAUGUUUCUCCCCCCUGGUUGUGAUGUUGACAUGUAGUUACUGUCAGACUGGUUUGUGCUCAAGUCCUCUUUUUUCUGUACAGCUCCAUUUUUAAAAGUUAUUAGGGGGUCCAUAUUUUCUAUGAUUGACACUUGAUACAGCCUCUGCACCCAAUGCUACUGCGUAAGUGUUGGAGUGCGUACAACGCCACUGCGGAAUGUUGGUUUCAGAAAGUAGAGAAAAAAACGCAGAAUUACCAAGAGCGUUUUGGCUUCAAAUCCGUAAACUGGCGGAAGGCAGAACCAAGUUGUCCAAAGUGUAUACAGUCUGUAAAUAACAUCAACAACAACAAUGACAUCAAUGACAACAAUGACAUCAAUAACAACAAUGACAUCAAUGACAUCAACUACAACGACUUCAAUGACAACAAUGACAUCAAUGACAUCAAUGACAUCAAAUACAUCAAUGACAACAAUGACAUCAAAUACAUCAAUGACAACAAUGACAUCAAUAACAACAAUGACAUCAAUGACAUCAACUACAACGACUUCAAUGACAUCAAUGACAACAAUGACAUCAAAUACAUCAAUGACAUCAACAACAACGACUUCAAUGACAUCAAUAACAUCAAUGACAUCAAUGACAACAAUGACAUCAGUAACAUCAACAACAUCAAUGACACUAACAACAACAAUCUUCUCUCUCUCUCUCUCUCUCUCUCUCUCUCUCUCUCUCUCUCUCUCUCUCUCUCUCUCUCUCUCUCUCUCUCUCUCUCAGGAGUACGAUGAGGAGUGGGGGAAGAAGAUCCAGACGGAGAAGUUCCGCUGGUACAACGGUCAGUGGUUGGAGAUGGUGGAGAACCGUCAGAUGGAUGAAGCAGAAGAGCCCCUCCUGUACGGGGACGACGCAGAGUCCUUCAUCGGGGACCGAGACAUCCUGGAGAACAAGUACCUGUCCUACAGCGCCGGUAUGCGCCUUGACCUGCCUUGAUGAAGGUCUAACCGACCGAAAGCUUGCUUAAAUAAAACCCUUCUUUUUUGCUACAGACCAGAAGUGUGCGGAUUGUUUCUCUUUUUGACUUUAAGUUUUUGCAAAUCCUGCACCUUCUCUCCAGAUUGAGCGGUGACCCUUCACUAUUUUACUACAGCGCCAGUACUAAAAGAUUUAAAGGGACAUUUCACCGUUUUACUGCUGUGUUGAAGAUGGUGCUUCAUGAUUACUCCGCCCCUUUCACGCAGAUGGGGUCAGCUCAGCUGACGGCGCCAUCAGCCCUGAGUUCUUCAGCGACUUUCAGAACGGGGAGCUGGGACUGACCGGGUUCUUGAACAGGUAUGGAGUCUUCUUACUUAGAUAUAGAUUAUAGACCCAGAACCUGAACGGUCCGGGUCUGGAGACUCUGAGAUCAGAAAAGAUCAGAAUAUGGAUGCAGAACCGAACCGGCUCUGUGACCCUGGUCUAACCCUGCACCCAAACACACAUGAAACCUUUUCAAAGUGUGUGUGUGUGUGUGUGUGUGUGUGUGUGUGUGUGUGUGUGUGUGUGUGUGUGUGUGUCAGCGGCGCAGGUUGUCCUCGUCCACACUAACCUGUGGGCGUCGACCUCCAGCCCGUCCUCCCCGCCCCCUCGUCUUGUUUUUCCUGAUCACGAUUCGCUGAUGUGUGUUAUUGAACCGCGCCUGACCUGAGUCAACACGGCCUCACCAAUCCCAGAAGGCAUUGCUCCACCCUCAACAGCAAUACUCCAGCUUUGAGAACAAACACUCGGCUGCUGUCUCCGUGUUUCUCCCGCUCUCGUCCCUCCGUGGUCGAGUCCCGAUACGGCGCCGACAUUCCUCAGAGAAACAUGAAACUGAAGCCCGUGAAUGAAAAACCAGUCCUGUUAUCACGGAGAGUUUCCUCUGAAUCAGGUUUUGGUCCCAACGUCAUCAUCAUCAUCAGCAGCUCCUGCAGAUGAUGAAUCGUGGAGGAAAUCAAAAGUUUGUCUUAUUUAUUCUGGAUCACUCGCUAACACGUGAUAACGCUCCUGUUGAUGGAGCGGCGAGGUUGAGAUGUCUUCAUCUGAAUCCAACGACAGGAGAAAAACCUCCAUCUGCGUCCUCUCCUCUCGUUCUUUAUCGCGUCUCUCUCUCCCUCCUUCGGCUUUGUAACCGAUAGCGUCUGAAUAUAUGGCGAGCGCCCGGGGAAUCAGCGUCUGCGUCUGUGAGACUGUUUUAAUUUGGCGGCUGGACUCGGAGUGAUCCAGGUUAACACAAUAAUCAAAGCCAGCUCCAGAGCUUAUUUUAAACCAUGUGUGAAACAUAGUGUGAAUGGGGCCUUGUCAAACAGACGAUAGACUGCACACUGACUGUAGGAGAGGCUGAAUAGACGUAUAUAUACAGGCUGAGUAGGAGAAAUAUCCUGGAUGAUACGCCGUCGUAAUACUUGGGGUUUAUUUCUUUAGCAUAGUUCAAACACCGCUCCACUGAGAGGGAAUCAAACUCCAACACCGAUCGACGCAGGUGAGGGAAUGAAACAAGGAAAUGCUCCAAAAUUCAACUUUACUGUUUCAUGUUUUCAUCAGGCUGGAGGAGUCAAAGAUUUGUCCCCUCUCAGGUUUCAUCUCUGCGGUUUUCCGACACAAAGAGAGCGCUUCAGUUUCCUCCACAUCAUCCGAUUUUUCUCGUCUCAUCAGAUCUUUAGAUUAAAGCUGCUGUGAGGAGUUUUAGUGGGUUAUGUAACAAACUGUCAGAGAAAUAAACACACUGGAGACGUUUACAUGUUCAGAAAAUCAAUUUAUUUCCCUCGUCUGACUGUGAGUGGACGUUAGAAAGACUCGUCAACACGAUGUCUUCAUCUGUCGGGCUUGUUGAACAACAUGGACACAACCUCGACAGAUGAAGACAGGAUGUUAAAAAGACGAAACGGUCCUAUGGUUCAGGACGGAGGCGGAGUUUAAAGGUGAUUUUGUCAGGUCGAGAGAGGUGUGUAACAGGAAGAGGAAAAACUCUUGAAAACGCCAUCAACAGAGUCAAUGAGCGCUUUGAGAGGCUGUCAGGAUGUGAGAAGGCGAAUCACGGUCAGGUGAGACGAGGGGAAGUGAAGGAGGAGUGGGAGGGAAGGCGAGAUAGAGACCUGGUUUCUUGCGGGGUCUGCGUGUUGGUCGGCUGUAACCUGAGCAGUGACAGCGGCGAGAGAUCAAAGCGAGGCCCUCUGAGAGUCAGACGCAGACGGGCCAAAGGGUCACGCCAGAGGAGGAAGAGAGCUGAUUCCUUUUCCUGUUCAACACCGAGGAAUGUUCUCUGCGGGACGGGCCGCGUCCCCGCCGCACAGCCCGCCACCGCCGCCCGCCUCCUGCAGCCGCUCCUCUGGGGCCGGACUGGCAUUCGUGGGAACACUGGGCCCCUUGUCUCAGUGGCCCUGAACGGCCCUCUGCUCAUUUUGUUGGCGUGUCACGACACUCACCGACACGCAUGUGAGGAGAAAAAGGUGGCAGACAGGUCGAUCUGCGUGUUUUUAUAACGAGACGGAUCACAGCUGACGGAACCAAGACCCGCUGAGCCCAGAAAGGGUCCAGAAUGUUCCAGCACCGUCUCAUCAGACGGAUAGAUCUUUAACGAAGGUUCUGGACGUGACGGGGGCAGAGCCUGGAUUUAAUCCAGAGUAAAGGUCCUUACACACCGGGCGAGAAUUCGCCAGGCGAAUUAUUCGCCUUUUUUUAAAACAGCAUGAAGUCAAUGCAAGCUUCCACACCGGCGGCGAUUUCUCCGCGGGGCGAAAAGCCGCUUUUAUUUUUUCGCUCCUGUGUCGAAUUUUUCGGAUAUUCGCAGGCGAAUAUCUGGACCUGCUAGACCUCUGGCCAAUCAAAAGUCAUGUUGUUGAUGACAUCACAGACCCAUACGGCUGGAGGAGAGGGAGAAGUUUGAGAUUAUGAAAACGCAGACAAAGACAGCUGAGGUGCAUCCAAAACUCUUUCUAAUUACUAAUGAAGUAGUUUUCUCACAAGAUGACACUCUCUUGUCUUCCACUUCGCAUCUCCUCUCCUCCGUGCCGUAAAGCAACUUUAUUAAUUCGCUUUGCAAAAAAUAUACGCAUAUUCGCUUCGUGGCCGGUGUGUAUAGGCGAAAGCGAUUUUUCGGACCGGUGAAUAUUCGCAAUUUUUGUCUCGCUUUUUCGUUUCGCUCCGCAAAUUCGCCGGUGUGUAAGGACCUUAACCCUUUAUAGAGAUUCAGGAAAAAGCUGCAGUUCCUCGAGCGUCCACUAGAGGUCCUUCUCAGUGAUCCCAAACAGCUGAUCCAGGAGAAGUGUUUCUCAUCGCUCUCCUGUUUUAAAUGAACGCUCAGAGAACCUCGUUUUCAUCAGUCAGAUUUGAGGGCGGGGCUUAACUGACCGACAGGUGUUCAUGUGUUUCCUGUUCGUCUGAAGGAAGUCUGAGACGGAUGACAUCAGCGGUUUUAUAACCAUGGAGCUGAUUGGACGAAACACCAAUGAAAGCAAAUCACUAAUUCAUUCAUAAUUAAGUUUAUUAGUUAUAGUACAGCUGUCCGAAAAGUCAGAGGCCGUCCGCCUUAUGGGGCGUUCACACCAAGCGCGAGUAAAUCAUCUACUCGCUUAAUUCGCGCGAAUCUAGACGCGUGAAUGAAUAAUAUUUACUCGCUUCAACGUUCAUUUUAAACAUAAUUCCUGACAAUUCAACCAGCAGGAUCAAGUGAUACUUGAUCUCACUUGCCUCUAGGUGAGCUAUUCUGGUUUUGGUAAUUAAAAUAAAAGGUAUCAUAUAAUUCGGGGCACCCGCACACCAACACGAUCAGUUUGUCCUUCAUUUUAGAUUCCAGUGAACAACCGUCUAUUUUCACACGUCACCCGGGAACCUCAUCGCGACGCAAAUAUCCCCUCAAGCUGAUGCAUUUCCAGGUCCCGCCUAAUUCGCAUCAGAGUAGAAGGAGCGUCUAAUCGCGUCUUCGCAUUGACUUAACAUGUAAUUCAGUCGCGCGAAUGAUUUGUUGUGUUAAACAGUUAAACUUAAAAGUUUUUUAAAAAUGAAACUUUUUAUAUGUUUAACAAAAAGAGACAGAAAUUAAACGAUUUUAAAGUCCAGUUGGUACCGAGGUUUGGUUUUAUUGUGAGUCUGAAUGAACCUCUAUGACAGGAUGAAGUUUCAUAGAUGAGCUCAGAUGUGAAGAACCUGUUUCCUGCAACAAUUGGCAUAAAAAACUAAAAGUAUAAAUAAAUCAUCAUCAGUGUAGCCGUGGUAAUCAGUCCCAAUACAAAGAAAGAAACAGCCGACCGAUCGCACCAGGUACAGCAAACAGCAGGGGACCGAGGACAGCCCCCUGUGGGAUCCCAUCCCUAACAGCACCGGCCUCUGAGAACGUGUCGUUACAUAAAACCCACUGAGAUGGUUCUGACGGGUCCGAAGACAUUUAUGUGCUGAAAAUAAAAAGUCGAACAGAGACGCAGAUGUUGAUCGGACUGGAGAGUUUCAGAAGAUUGAAGCGGUGAAGGUUGGAGGACAGUGACUGACUGAGCAUCAGGUCUCGUGUGUCCGGUCCAUAUCCCUGAGGUCCAGGCUGGGUGUGACCCGUCAGUCCUCCUCCAGCCACAGAAACAGGCAAACAGGCCGGCAGGCGGGGGGGCGGAUGGUGUGACUCAGAGCUCCAGUGUUCCUCCAGCCUCCUUCAGCCCGGCUCUCAAAUCCCCCCUGACAGCCGUAGCGUGCGGAGAGGAAAAAGACAUAUUUCUGCCCAGGGUGGAGGAGGAGGAGGAGGAGGAGGAAGAGGAGGAGGGUGGGCGAGAGCAAAACAGAGGAAGAGAUGGGUGGUGGAGGUGGGGGUGGGGGUGGUGGCGGCGCAAGCUGUGUAAGUGAUCGCUGGAAGUGAUUUGGCUAAAAACAACACGUCAUUAUAGGCGCUCGCAGGGGCAAAGCAAACAGCUCGUAUUUUAGGAGGUUCGAGGGUUGGGGGGGGGGGGGGGCGGGGUGAUGGUCGUCCUUUAGGAAGUUCAGAUCCAUGUGAGGUGUCAUUCAUCAGAGUCCACUUUGUCCAUCAAUCGUUGUGACCCCCACAUCAGACUUCCAGCAGCUGCUCAGAAGAUGGAGCGUGAAAUCCCCCCACCCGCCCUCUGCAUCCACAUCGCCAUAGUAACUGAUUUACACGCCGCAGAUACACGCCUUUUAUCAGCCCCUCUACAGGCCCCUGUUACCGGGCCGGGCAGUCAGGUCCUCCAGGUUUGGCAGCCUGCCCCCCCCCCCAGCCCUCGUCCUCGUCACGCCGCCGUGUUUUGACAUCUCUCCGGUUUUUAUAAGUUGGCCGCUCUGCUGUUUACCCCUCCGGCCGUCAGCCGUCUGUAACUCACACUCUCACCGUGGACGUCCGACACCUGCAGCAGCAGCAGCAGCAGCAGCAGCAGCGGCGGCGGGGCAGAUGAAGAUUACAUUAAGGUUUUAUGAGGGGGGUUCUUUUUCAUGCCUGGGGGGGGGGGGGCUGGACUCCUGAGAGUUGACUGGUGUUAGAGCUCCACCUGGUGGUUAAGAGUCUGACUGGUUAAAAUACUUUAUUUAACCAGAAAAGACUCACUCAAACCUUUUUUUUACAAGAGUGCAACACAUAGAGUGAGUUCGUCGUGGUUAUUUCUCUCUGUUUCAGGUUGUUCUAACUCUUCCUCUCUCCUUCCUCUUCCUCCCGUCAGUGUCGAGGAUCAGUUCAGCCCGCCAGAUCGACCCGUCAGCGCCUACGGCUUCCGCCCCGAUGAACAGUUUUUCCUCAACUACAACAACUCGGGCUGGUAAACCCGGAUGGUCUCACACACCGGCCCUGUACAGAUGUUCACUCUGACGUGUCUUCACGAGUCCUCACUGCACACAACGAACCUUUAAUUAGUCUGACACUGAGUUUAAAAGGCCGAGUUUUCUUGUUGUGACAGAUUAAAAACAGAUUUAUUUAAAUUAAACCUCAUAUCGGCUCAUUUUACGUGAAGUUUAUUUAUUUAUUGAUAUUCGUUUGAGAACAGAGAUAAACUCUGUAAAGAAGCUGAAUGUUCCUGAAGGAGCGUCUAAGUGACACAAAAUCCAAGUCUGAAACCUCCAACCGCAGAGAAUCAUCCAAACUUCUCCUCAGGAUUAUUUUCUUCACACUUGACUCUUUCAGAAAGAUUCAGUAGAAUUCAGUUUGGCUCUGGAUCUUCUUGUUUUGCCUUAACACACACUCACACUGUCUGUAAACACAACGGUAGUUCAGACUGAAAUCUUCUGUGAAUGUAAAUGAAGAAGAAAUGUGAAACUGCCUUUGUUUUAAUGUUUGAAACAUGAACCGUCUGUUUUUUAUGAUUAUUAUUUAUAUUGGAUUUCUGAUGUGCCUGCUGAAACACGAGCUCCUUUUCUCUGAGGUCAUGAAUCAUCGUUUGUCACAUUUAAAAGUUUCAGAUUCAUUAAACAUAAAUAAAUAUUCGUCAAAGACAAAACGAGUGAACUCUGAGUUUCUUUAGAUCUCGACAUGACGUCUAGAUUUUGAGGAUCUUUUGAUUUUGAAAAUGAUGUCGGUCAUAAAUAAAUAAUCGAAGCAUCACUCUGAAUCUGUUUUAUUUAUGAUUAAACUUUUUAUUCUUUGUCCCAAACCUGAA